UAGUGUACGCGUCGUUGACUUUGAAGUUUGGCACCGGAUGUGGGAGGCGUUCGUUCUACUUGCUCGAAGCUUGUAGGUGUCAGCAAAAGGGAGCACGGGCGGGUUGCUGGCGAGCAAAUAGUGGCCAGACGUCAACAUGAGCCCCACAGGUGAGGCGGUGUCGGGCGGCGAUGGCGGCGUGUUCCCGGUGAACCGCCUGCGAUGGGACCUGAGCGCAGAGCAGAUUCGGCAGGCGGCCGACAGGCUAAUGGAAGACACCAAGAGGGUUUACGACGCUGUGGGCGCUCUGGACCUGGACGCCGUCACCUUCCAGAACACCGUAAAGGCGCUGGCCGACGUGGAGGUGGACUACACGGUGGAGCGAAACACGCUGGACUUCCCUCAGCACGUUUCUCCCUGCAAGGACGUGCGAGCGGCCAGCACGCAAGCCGACAAACGUCUGUCUGAGUUUGACGUAGAGAUGAGCAUGAGGGAGGACGUCUACCUUAGGAUUGUGGCCUUGCAGGACAAGCUGGAGUGCGCCAGCCUGCCGCCCGUGUCACAGCGCUACAUGGAGCGCCUGCUGAAGUUGGGCCGGAGGAACGGGCUCCACCUUCCCAAAGACACGCAGGAGGAGAUCAAGAGUAUCAAGAAGACGCUGAGCACCUUGUGCAUCGACUUCAACAAAAACUUGAACGAGGACACCACCAGCCUGAGCUUCAGCAGGGACCAACUGGGUGGCCUGCCAGAAGACUUCCUGAGCUCGCUGGACAAAGAUGGAGAGAAUCUGAAGGUGACCCUGAAGUAUCCCCACUACUUUCCCACCAUGAAGAAGUGCUUUGUGCCGGAAACUCGAAGGAAGCUGGAGGAGGCCUUCAACUCGCGCUGCAAGGAGUAUAACUCUGCCAUCCUGAAGGAGAUGGUGGCCCUCCGCGCUCGGAAGAGUUCCCUCCUGGGUUUUGGGACCCACGCCGAUUUUGUGCUGGAGAUGAACAUGGUCAAGUCGGCCAAGCGGGUGGCCGUCUUCCUGGAGGAUCUGUCUCACAAACUGAAACCUUUGGGGGACCAGGAGCGCCAGCUCAUCCUCAAGCUGAAGGAGGAGGAGUGCCUCAAGCGGGCGCUGCACUUUGAUGGGCGACUGCACGCUUGGGACACACGCUACUUUAUGACGCAGGUGGAGGAGAGCCAGUACGCGGUGGACCAGAACCUCCUGAAGGAGUACUUCCCCAUGGAUGUAGUGACCCAGGGUUUGCUGGAUAUCUACCAGGAGCUCCUGGGUCUGACCUUUGAGCUGCUCCAGAGUGCCCCCGUCUGGCACCCCGACGUCAAGGUCUACGUUGUGAAGGACCGCAGCCAUGGCCAGGUGCUGGGACAGUUCUACCUGGACCUGUACCCCAGGGAGGGCAAGUACGGCCAUGCCGCGUGCUUCGGCCUCCAGCCCGGCUGCCUCCUGGCCGAUGGCCAUCGUCAGAUGUCGGUGGCUGCCAUGGUGGCCAACUUCAGCAAGCCCACGCCCGCCGCGCCCUCGCUGCUGCAGCACGAUGAGGUGGAGACCUACUUCCACGAGUUUGGACACGUCAUGCAUCAGCUGUGCGCACAGGCUGACUACGCCAUGUUCAGCGGCACUCACGUGGAGCGCGACUUUGUGGAGGCGCCAUCGCAGAUGUUGGAGAACUGGGUGUGGGAGAAGGAACCUCUGCGCAGGAUGUCCAGACACUAUCGCACGCAGCAGCCCAUCCCUGAGCAGCUCCUGGACAAACUCAUCAAGUCUCGCCUGGCCAACACCGGACUCUUCAACCUGAGACAAAUCGUGCUAGCAAAGGUUGAUCAGGCGCUGCAUACGCACAGCGGCCUGGACCCUGCCGAAGAGUACGCGCGACUUUGCCAGGAAGUGCUCGGAAUUCCCGCUUCUCCCGGCACCAACAUGCCGGCCACGUUCGGCCAUUUGUCCGACGGCUACGACGCGCAAUACUACGGCUACCUGUGGAGCGAGGUGUUCUCCAUGGACAUGUUUUACGCCCGCUUCAAACAGGAAGGAAUCAUGAACCCAGAGGUGGGCCUGGACUACAGGAAGUGCAUCCUGGGCCCAGGCGGCUCUGUGGACGCGGCAGACAUGUUGAAGAAGUUCCUGGGCCGCGAACCCAAACAAGAAGCGUUCCUCAUCAGCAAAGGGCUGCCUCUGGAUCUGGAGCCCGCGACGCCGUGUCCUUGCUGAGCAAAUAAAAGCAACACAAGUGCUCCUGUCACCGCA